GGCAGGACCCGCCCCCGGGGCGGGGCUCGGUCUCCAUGGGAACCGGGCGAGAGGGCUGCGCGCCGCCGCCAUGAUGAUGCUGGGCCGCGGGCCGGACGCCAGAGACAAUCAGACGAGACAAAUACGAGAUGCUGUUUCAAAUGUGGAAAAACAUUUUGGUGAAUUGUGCCAAAUAUUUGCUGCAUAUGUACGUAAAACUGCCAGACUACGAGACAAAGCAGACCUGCUGGUGAACGAAAUAUAUGCAUAUGCAGCUACAGAGACACCAAAUUUAAGAGUUGGGUUGAAAAAUUUUGCAGAUGAAUUUGCCAAACUUCAAGAUUAUCGACAGGCAGAGGUUGAAAGGCUUGAAGCCAAAGUUGUUGAACCUCUGAAAAGUUAUGGGACCAUAGUAAAACUUAAAAGGGAUGAUUUAAAAGCAACUUUAACAGCAAAGAAUCGAGAAGCUAAGCAGUUGUCUCAAUUGGAAAAGACUCGUCAGCGGAAUCCAUCAGAUCGACACAUUAUUGCUGAAAGUGAAUUACAGAGAGCUUCAAUGGAUGCAACCCGAACAAGUCGACAGUUAGAGGAAACCAUUGACAAUUUUGAGAAACAGAAAAUAAAGGACAUAAAGGAUAUAUUUUCUGAAUUUGUAACUAUCGAAAUGUUAUUCCAUGGAAAAGCUUUAGAAAUUUAUACUGCUGCCUACCAAAGUAUACAAAACAUUGAUGAAAAUGAAGAUUUAGAGGUUUUUCGGAGUUCACUCCAUCCACCAGACUAUCAGUCUCGUUUAGAUAUAGUCCGUGCAAAUUCAAAGUCCCCCCUUCAGAGAAACAGCUCACUAAAGUUUUCAUCUGGAAUGGUACAGAACUAGCUGAAUCAGAAUGACUUUAGGAUGUACAAGUGGACUCCUUACCAAGAAAGAAUAAAAUACAGAAUUUGGGUAAAACAGAAUUGUCUGUAUUCUUGAGUAUGAUAAGAAUGCAUUUCACUCAGUGAUAAACGCAUCUAAACAUGCAGAAUAUCUUGUUUGACUGAACCAGGUCUCAAAAUUCACCAUAACAUGGCAAAAAGGGAAUUAAGAUGUCUUAUGAACAAAAAAAACCCCCGAACACUCCAAUAUAGAAUACAAUGUUAGAAUUCUUAAUUCUUUCAAAAGCUGUAAUAUUAAAAUAUUUUAAGACUGUUAUGGAGGUUAAGCAAGAUUAAAAACCUUGGAUUUCAUGGUGUAUAUUAUGGGACAGUGUAAUUUUAGAAGGUUCUUAGGGACAAAGUGAUAUUUUUCAAGUUAAUCCCAUUCCUACUUUUGGGGUUCAUCAACAAUGCAACUAAAACUGGUGGGACUUCCUUGUAGCAGUGCCAAACAGAGUUCAUUCAUACCUCUGUGCUUCCAUUUCUGACUGCAGACAUUUGGAGGGCAAGGCAAUAAAAGGGAGGUAAUGGCAUUCCAUCUGUUUCAGUCAAUUCCAACACAACUGGAAGUGGACUGGCCACCUUCAUUAAUCCUUACACCCAGAUUUUAAGGAACAAAUCAGUCCCGGUUCCUGCAAGUUCAUUUUAAUUAUUAGUUCUUUAUUCUUAUUUCUGGGACAUCUUACUGUUACAGCUUAGAUUUUUCCUAUAUGUUAGAACAAAAAGAUAAAAAUACCAAGGAUCAAGAAGUGAGCCUCUUGCCUUGCCGCUUUCCACACUUUGGAUGCAUAUAUGCAUUAUUUGGUUUGCCUGAAGGAAGUCACUCACCUUUUUCAUUAUUCUGUAUGCAGCACCCACACCGUCAUCCCUCACACCUGAAACAAGAGCAUCAUAAUUGUCACCUCCUCAUUCAGAGGAAGCUAUGGUAUACAUCUUAAUCAGUGAUUCUCAAUCACUGUAUAUUUGAAGCACCCCUCAUUAGACCCAAAACACCCCUCCAUAACUUUUGUAAAUUGAGUGGCACCCCAUUUUAAAAGCUAUAUACUUAUUACAGUGCUUACCUUCUUGCAGAUGAGCAAGGCAGUGGGGGGAAAAGGAAUGGUCAAAUAGGGAUGGUCCUGAGCCUGCACUCAUCUGCUGAUCUUCUUGCAUAUCUCAGGAAACCCCAGAGUGCUAAGGCACCCUGGUUGAGAAUUAUUGCCUUGGGUAAGAGAGCAUUAGCAUUCCAUUGAUGUGCUUGAGGUAGUAGUUCCUAAAUCAUCAGGGCUUUCAAGGCAAGCAUGACAUUUGCAAUUGAAUUUAUGGGGCUCUCAGCCCCAUUUAAGGUUGUAACUUCUAACUUGGGAAUUGCUGCACUAAUACAAGAAGCAACUAUGACCUUCCUCAAUCAUAUCCCUACAAAUUUAUACUACUGUUACUUACAGCAUGAUUCAUACUUUCAAAAGAUACUCCUUAGCAUGGUCAUUUUGAUCAGGUGCUUGAAAAAGGACUUGAUGCUCCUUGCCCCAUAUAUAUCCUUGCCUUGCAUUCAGAAUUGAGCAAGGAAAGUAGCAGAUGUGUGAACAUCUCCAAAGGCAUUACCAUAUUAAGUAGCACUGUCCGCAUAUCUCAAAAAAGUAUGUUUUGAUAACUUUCAAAGAACUUAAGUUGCAGGUGAAAAUUCCCUCCCCCACAACUUCCUUUUGUGUAAAAGGUCUUAAUUUCACCUACAAGACAAGCUGUCAUGUGGGUAGUUCUUACACAUUUUGCAAAUUUAAUGACAGUCUAAUUUUUUACGAAUUCAGUAGUGUCCAUUUUCACUUGUGAUCCUUAGCAAGCUCUUGUCAUGCUCUUCACUUACUAGAACUAGGGUUUUCCUGAUUACAUUCUACUGAUUCAAAAUGUUUUUCAGAUGUUAACCAAUUACUUUUAAAUCAAGUCUCAAUUUAUAGUGUUUAUAUCAAUCUGUUUAGCAUAUUAAGUCAGAAACUCUGGUCCACCUGAGCUGCACUGAGCAACAGGCCAAAUUGAGGAAGCUAAAAGUAGCUGUAGGCCACUUUUGCAUCCCCUUAUGAAACAUGAUUUCACUUCAGAAACUGCUCUUACCAUACCUUCUUGCAUAUAAUGUGCACUACAAUUUCAAGCAGCUAGUUUUUGGAAGACAAACUGUAUCUUGUAUGUGAGAAAGUAAGUCUGUGACCACCGUUUUCUUCCUCUAGUGAUUCAGUGCUGCUGUGCCUAAUACCAUUCAAGUCACCUACAAAUACCCUGUUGUGCUUAUCUAGUAGGCAGCAAACAUAAUGCCUUUACUUUCUUGUCCUGUACUUCUGUACAAUAAGGUUUUUUUCAUCACCCUCUAAACAUUCUCUACGUUUUGAAACAGGAGAGCUUGUUUCAGCAGGCAGAUCAGCCUAUGUGGAACUAAGCCUGCAGUGCUCCUGAAACCAGCACUUAUAGAUGUUUCUUUAUCCUUCAUUGAAAAGCUUUAGUCAUAUUACGUUAGUCUGGCUUCCUAGCAAUACAUACCAAAACCAGGCUGCCCCAUGCAUUCAUAAGUUUGUUUGUUUUAACUAUGCCAUGGUUAGUAUAUUUACUCUGAUCCUAGAUCCACUUCUAUUUCCUCUGCUUCCACAAUUUAAAUUCUGCACUCCUGCCUGUUGCUUAUUAAAAGCUGCUGUUACUUAAAUUUGUAAGUAAAAGGAAACAUCCCACUUAAACUUACGAAUGGACAUAUUUAUUAAAGAGCUUGAGUGCAGGGGUAAAGAGAAACAGUCACCACUUUUUAGUUAGGGUUUAACUAGCUCUGCAACUCGCUUGUAAUAUAAAAGUGUGUAAUGUCAGGUUGGGUUGGUCUAAUAAAAGAUAUCAAAUUCACCCAAGGAACCUUGUCUAGUUAUGUCAGGGGCAGGAAAUUAUUUGGGCCUGUGGGCCACAGGCAGUUCUGGGGAUUGCCAUGAGCCAGCCAGCAUCCCCCACAACAGCCCAGAGCCCACAGUCUCUGUGGACCCUCCCUGCCACUGCCAACAGUGCACAGCCCUGGCCCUGACCCACCCUGCACCUGCUCCAGAUUCACCCCAGCUGGAGUGAACCAGCCAGAACUUGUGCAUACAGCCCUGACCCCAGACCGUCUGCCCAUGCCAAGCAGCCUGCCCUGUAGCUCCUCUGCUGGUAUCACCACUGCCUCUGGGCCUCCCAGCAGUGCUGUGGAGGAACCUGGGCACAGACAGCUGCAACAGUGAAGGGGAAGCUUUUCCUCCAUGCCUAGCAGCAACUUCUGCCUGGCUGCUGCUGCUCAGCAUGGGCAGGCAGUAUGGAGCAGGCACAGGGCAGGCCAGUGUUGGGGCUGUGUGUGCAGGUCCCUGCCAUUACUGCAGGGCUGGGGCCAGUGGCAGUGGAAGCCAGGAGCCACCACUGCCUAGGCUGUCUAGGAAAGCCAGUCAGCUGCAGGGCUGCCCCAGUCCCACUGCGUGUCCAGGGGAGGGCAGAAUGCACCACAGGCUGAUGGUGCCUGGCCCAGGCAAGACCAAGAGACCAAGUGGGCCAGACAAAGUCCUUCCACAAGUCAUAUUUUGCCCACUGUAUAUCCUGUGAAAGUGGAGAGUACUAUUUUCAUGAAUUGUUGGUGGACAUUUUUCUGAUUUAUGAAACCAACUUAGUGGUUUUAUCUUAAUCAUUAACUGUAUGAUAAUCUUAAACUGUGUAUAUAGUACACCAUAAACAUAAUGGGUAUGUAUUAUUCAUCUAGUUAGUGCAUGAGCCAAAAUCUGAAAUAAAUCCUUUUUAAAAAUAAUCAUAACAUCCCUUCUAGAGAAGCUACAAUAACUCACCCUAUUUAGCUUAGCAGUUGAAACCCCCUCAAAUCCCCAUCAUCUUUGAGUAUCCAUCAAAGUUUUAUUUCUUCUGCAGGAACUAUUGCAACUUCUUUGUUAUCUCACACAAGUGACAAGGCUACAGAAGGUGAAGAACAAAUCUCUAAAUAUAAAAAGAAUUCAAAAGAGUGCUCCUAAAUAUUUAACUCCAAUAAGCUGGAAAUGUAACUUUGUCCAGUAAUUAAACCUAUACUUUCUGUUAGUUUCUACUUUCAGAGAUUUCUGACAAAGUUGUAACUUUUUUCUCCAUUUUAAAAUGGUACAUAAAGCCUGUAAGCAAAAGCUUUUCAAGUUUCAACAAGACAAGGAAAAAGUUUUUUGCUAGCUUUUAUAGCUUAGAUAUUUACUUUUAAUCAUUCAUUUUAUUUGGCUACACUUGACAUACAGACACACACAAUAAAAUUUCAGGUGUUUUUGUUUGCAUACAAGGUAAAGAUCUCUACAUUAUUACACUUCCAAGUGAAAAAUAUAGAGUGCAAGUCGAUCAAGUUAUUUUAUCUUCAACACAAAGGGGAUUUUUGUGCAUACAGAUUAAUGAGGAAAUAAUACAUAGGGAACUUAGUUGAAUUAAGUUGUUUCCCAACCACACUGUAAACAGGGGUAGGCCAGAGGGACACUCAGGGAGUUUUGGCGAGCUGUUGCGGGCUUGGUCAGUACUCAAUUUCUCCCCUGCACCAGUUCACCAAAAUUCCCCAACUGGUAGACUACCAGACCCAGCCAGGGGCAGCGGACAAAGCAGGUGCACAGGGAGCGGUGUCCUGGAGCAGGGUGGGCAGGGCCAGAAUCACAGGGCGGUGACAGCAUGGAGCUAGGGUCUGGGGCAGAGUUACAAUCUGGUUCCCACACUGUCAUUGCCCUGCACUCCUGGCCCCGGCACCAGCCACUCAUCCUGCUCCUGGACACCACUCCCUGCCCACCCACUAGUCCCAGGUGCAUCUCUAUGGAGACCCCCACCCCCACCCCUCCGCUCUUGGUCUGGUGCCCCUGGUGGUGGGUGCAGGGCAGACAGGCUGGGGUAUGCAGGCAGCAGGGCCAGGUCCAGCAGCAGCUGGAGGAGCCACCAUUGCUGGGACUGCUGGGAAGCUGAAUCCAGCAUCCCCCUGCUGCAGCCAAAGACAGGGUUGGACUGGCCACACACACCACAGCAGGCUUCUCCCUAUGCCUGGGUCCAGGCAGGGCCAAGGGAUCUGCCACAGACCAGAUAAAAUCCUCCUGUGGGCCAUAUUUUGCCCACCCCUGCUGUAAAUUAAAACUUUUAUAUUCACUGGGAUCCAUUUUAACUUAUAUUCCUCGGGGUGUUUGGUUUUUUAAAUAUAUAAUGACUUAAGAAGUAUUUCUUUUUCCAGUGCCUACUAAGGUCUUCAUACUUCUACAGAUAUAGCAGAACUUUAUAAACUAUUCUCAAACAGUAUGUUUCAGUAUGAAAUUUUAUACUGCUAUUGUUAGCUUAAUUCCCUUAAAAAAAAAAAAUACAAAAUAGCAGGAGUUUUGGUUAAACUGAAUUGUUGCCACAAAUAAUGCAAAAUAAAAAAAGGUUCUUUAGUUCUCACAUUUCUUAUAGGUAUGCUGUCAAAUUGAAUUUGGAUUGCUUUGCCAACUUGUGGAAUAAAUAAAGCUGUGUUGCAAUAGGUAUCAGUCAGUUUUUAAUUUUAUUCUUUGAAGAUAAGCCACAAAAAAAAAAAAAACCAAAAAAAAAACACACUUAUAAGUCUGGGAGCAGUUUAGCAGAAACAAAACAACAGACUUUGUCUUCAUCAUCGUACAAGAAAGCAACAAUAGAUUUCAAAAUAAAUACCUUAAAAGCUUGCCACACAAAAUUAGCACUAUUUGACUGCUUUAACCAUGAGGAAAUAGUUAAAGACCUAUUCCUCCUUCAAGUGGUUAGUUAUGCUUUGUACAGAGAGGACUAAUCACAUACAGACUAGGCACCUAGUAAAACAAGCCGUCUCGACUGAAAUGUUAAAUGCUAGUAUUAAGUGUACGUAGACCAAGCCUUAGUACUCCAAAUGGCAUAAACGCUACAUCAUACCUAUUGUGCAUCCCUUGUUCUUAAUAGUUUUAAAUAACAGAAACUUCUUUGAUUUCAAGAUGGAAUUUGAUAAAUUUAUUAAAAGGGGUUUUAAGACAUCGUUGGCUGCAUCAGUAAGUGACUUGACGAGCCAGGUCCCUUCCAUAACUAAGAAAUUAGUGUGUUCCCAUGAAGGAAACUAGUGUAGCAUAAGCAGCAUUCGAGUCAUUCCAGCUAGUUACAAAGAAAAUGAAACCAUUACAUUGCAAAGUUAGACCAAGCUACAACUUUCAGGCUCACGAGGCAGAUGAACACUCAAGACUCUUGAGGGAAAACUGAAAAAUCAGAUGGCUUCAAAGAUCAUUAGAAAGUAAAACCUUCACUUCACCUGGAAGUUUGCUUGGCAUUUCUUAUUCUGGAAGACCUACCCCUGCUUUGAUUGUUGGUCUACAGCAGGGGUGGGCAAAAUGCAGCCUGGGGGAUGGAUGCAGCCUGCCAGGCCAUUCUAUCUAACCCGCAGGGCCCCUAAAAAGUU